GUGGGUAGAAGAGUCUCAUAUAUAUUUUUAUUUGUAUUUUUUAUUUUUGGUUGUUUGUUGAUUUCAUCUUUAGAGUUUUGGAAGAGUAAUGAAAUUAUGAGUAGUAGAGUUGCAAAUAUGGGAACAAUCACAGAAGCUUUAGAAUGCUCUCUCAAAAAAUGUUCCUUAAGCCAUCAUCAAACUCAUCAUCAACAGCAACCUGUUUCUUCAUCAGAUUCUUCUUCCAACAACAAAAACGCUUCUUCUAUUCAUCAAACAACAACCACUUUGGAUCUCAACUCCCAUCUCUCUUUGCCUUACCAUUGGGAGCAAUGUCUUGAUUUAAAGACAGGGGAGAUAUACUAUAUAAAUUGGAGAAAUGGAAUGAAGGCAAAGGAAGAUCCAAGGUCCACAAAAGAAGAUGAUGAAUAUAGUGAAGAUUAUUGUUAUUACUACUCGGACGACGACGAUAGCUCAUACGACAGCGAAGAGUCGUCGACGGAGUCGUCAAACAACAACAACAACAAGAAAUUUGUGGGAGAAGAAGAAGAAGAAAAAGAUGUUUUGGUGGUUGGAGGUUGCAAGAGAUGCUUCAUGUAUUUUAUGGUUCCCAAAAAUCUUGAAGAUUGCCCUAAAUGCAAUGGUCAGCUUCUCCAUUUUGAUCGCUCUGAAAAUGACAUUCCAUGAAUCAGACAAACCUUCCUCUAUAUUUUCAACUUCAUUCCAUUUCUUCUUCUUCUUCUUCUUCUUUUUUCAAUUGCCUUUUCUUCAUGGAAAAAAAGAGAGGAAGAAAGAGAAAAAGGAGAAAUUAAAAAGAGAGAAUGAGAAAAAAAAAAAAAAUCCUUUUUCUUUCUUUCUUUCUUUCUUUCUUUUUUUCUCUUUUUAUUUUGGUUUCAAAUUGUUUUCAUGUGUAUUUGUCAGAAAAGGGAGGCAAAUGAGUUUUGGUUUUAGUUUUGGCUUUAAUUUUUAAUUAUUUUAAUUUUUCUUAGUAUUUUUGUUUUUCAAUUUUGAAAUCUAAUGGAAAUGGAAGAAUGAGAAUCA